AAAAAAAAAAAAACAAGUGAACACUUUACUUGAGCUAUCUAUAUCUAUCUACUUGAUAGCAGUCAUUCCUUCUCCCCCCCUCUCCCUCUCCAAAAACCAUGUCCUUCACCGCAUCCAGCAACCUCCUUCCCAACACACCCAUCCUCUCCUCCCGCAGAAAGCAAAGCGCCAGCUUCAAUCCACGCGCUUCCUCCAUCAAAUGCGAUCUCUUUUCCCCUACUUCUUCCCCUUCACCACUAAACCCUAAACCCCACUCCAACUCCAACUCCAACUCCAACUCCAACUCCAAUUCCAAACAACCAAAAAUCAAGAAUUCCCUCCUUAAAGCCCUCACCUUCUCCGGCACCGCCGCUGCCGCCAGUAUCUUUUUCCGCCUAACCCCCGUCAUCGACAGCGGCGGUGGAGGCAAUUGUGGAGGCGGAGGCGGAGGAGGAGGAGGAGGAGGUGGUGGCGGGGACGGAGGAGCAGGAGGAGAGUUCUGGAAGAAGCUGUUUUUUGUAGCGCCGGCGAAUGCCGAUGAGUCACAAUCGGAAGAUUGGGACUCACACGGAUUGCCAGCCAACAUUGUUGUUCAAUUAAACAAGCUUAGCGGUUUCAAAAAAUACAAACUAUCGGAAAUUCUGUUCUUCGACCGGCGAAGAUGGACUACUGUAGGCACGGAAGACUCGUUUUUCGAGAUGGUUUCGCUCCGUCCGGGCGGAGUUUACACGAAAGCUCAGUUACAAAAGGAACUUGAAAGUCUAGCUACUUGCGGAAUGUUCGAGAAAGUGGAUAUGGAAGGAAAGACAAAUCCUGAUGGAACUAUAGGGAUCACAAUUUCCUUCACUGAAAGCACAUGGCAAUCAGCUGAUAAGUUUAGGUGCAUUAAUGUUGGAUUAAUGCAGCAAUCGAAACCGAUCGAAAUGGAUUCAGAUAUGACUGAUAAGGAGAAGUUGGAGUAUUAUAGGAGUCAGGAGAAGGAUUAUAGGAGGAGGAUUGAGAGGGCAAGGCCGUGUUUGUUGCCUACGCAGGUACAUCGGGAGGUUUUGCAGAUGUUGAGGGAGCAGGGGAAGGUUAGUGCACGGUUGUUGCAGAAGAUUAGGGAUAGAGUGCAGAAAUGGUAUCAUGACGAGGGGUAUGCUUGUGCUCAAGUUGUGAAUUUUGGGAAUUUGAAUACUAAGGAGGUGGUUUGUGAGGUUGUGGAAGGGGAUGUUACUCAAUUGGUUAUUCAGUAUCUGGAUAAGUUGGGGAACGUUGUUGAAGGGCACACACAACUUCCUGUUGUCAAGAGAGAGUUGCCCAAACAGCUUCGACAAGGUCAAGUUUUUAACAUUGAAGCUGGGAAACAAGCUCUGAGGAACAUCAACUCCCUAGCCUUGUUUUCAAACAUUGAAGUCAAUCCAAGGCCAGAUGAGAAGAAUGAGGGAGGAAUCAUUGUUGAGAUCAAGCUUAAAGAAUUGGAGCCUAAAUCGGCUGAAGUCAGUACAGAGUGGAGCAUUGUUCCUGGACGUGGAGGACGUCCCACAUUAGCUUCAUUCCAGCCUGGUGGAACUGUUUCCUUUGAACAUCGGAAUAUCAAAGGGUUGAAUCGGUCCAUUCUUGGUUCUAUAACCACCAGCAAUUUCUUUUCGGCUCAGGAGGAUCUGUCUUUUAAGCUUGAGUAUGUUCAUCCAUAUUUGGAUGGUUUAUAUAGUUCACGAAACCAAACUCUCCGUGCAAGCUGCUUCAACAUCCGGAAACUGAGUCCAGUCUUUACUGGUGGGCCAGGAGUGGAUGAAGUCCCUCCGAUAUGGGUUGACCGGACUGGCAUGAAAGCUAACAUUACAGAGAAUUUUACCCGUCAGAGCAAAUUCACCUAUGGGAUUGUGAUGGAAGAGAUAACAACAAGCGAUGAAAGUAGCCAUAUCUCUUCAAAUGGUCAAAGAGUAUUGCCAAGUGGAGGAAUUAGUGCAGAUGGACCUCCAACAACUCUCAGUGGCACUGGCGUUGACCGGAUGGCAUUCUUACAGGCCAACAUCACGCGUGACAACACCAAGUUUGUAAAUGGAGCUGUAGUUGGUGAUAGGAACGUAUUCCAGGUGGACCAAGGCCUUGGCAUCGGCAGCAAGUUUCCAUUCUUCAACCGUCACCAGCUGACAUUGACCCGAUUUAUCCAGUUGAAGGAGGUGGAGGAAGGUGCUGGGAAACCACCACCACCUGUACUAGUACUAAAUGGCCAUUAUGGUGGUUGUGUUGGAGACCUUCCAAGUUAUGAUGCUUUUACUCUUGGGGGACCUUAUUCUGUGAGGGGUUACAAUAUGGGUGAGCUGGGAGCAGCCAGAAACAUUCUUGAGCUCGGAGCGGAGAUACGCAUACCUGUGAGAAAUACGCAUGUUUAUGCAUUUGCAGAGCAUGGCAACGAUCUAGGAACUUCUAAGGAUGUGAAGGGGAACCCAACAGAGGUCUACAGGCGAAUGGGUCAUGGUUCAUCUUAUGGAGUUGGUGUCAAGCUGGGUUUAGUUCGAGCUGAGUAUGCUGUUGAUCAUAACACUGGCAAUGGUUCAGUGUUCUUCCGGUUUGGAGAGAGAUACUGAAAAGCUUGAUUAUCAAUUUAGGCUGGAUUAGCACAUUUCGGCCAUCAGAUUUUUGGAAUAACUGCCAGAGUUUUUGAUCAUCUGAAAUCUCGUGUGAUACUUAGAAGAAGUAGAUACAUGAUUCAAUUUGAGUGGAUCUUAUCUAGUCAGUUUUUUGGGAAUCAUAUGCUCUAAGUCUGGCUUUGCAGGAGCUGAGAGAUGUUGAGAAAACUGUGAUGCCCCAAUUAUGUGGUUUGUGGACUCAAAAGACAUUUGACUUUUCUAAGCAUGUUACUGUUUUGUUUAGAGUGAAAUAAAAAUUAUUUUUUAAA